AUGGCUCCUUCCAACCUCCCUCCAGUCUUCAACGCGACCGCGCAGGACAUUGAGAUGCUCCUGUCCGCCCAGUGCCAUAUCGGCAGCAAGAACAUGCAGGUGCACAUGGAGCCCUACCUGUGGAAGACUCGCCCCGACGGCGUCAACGUGAUCAACAUCGGCAAGACCUGGGAGAAGAUCGUCCUCGCAGCGCGCAUGCUCGUCACCAUCGACAACCCGGCCGACAUUGCAGUCAUCUCCGCUCGUCCCUAUGGCCAGCGCGCCGUCCUCAAGUUCGCCGCCCACACCGGUGCCUCGCCCAUCGCAGGUCGCUUCACCCCUGGUAACUUCACCAACUACAUCACCCGCUCCUUCAAGGAACCCCGCGUAAUCGUCGUCACCGACCCGCGCACCGAUGCUCAAGCUAUCAAGGAGGCCUCUUACGUCAACAUUCCCGUCAUCGCUCUCUGCGACGCCGACUCGCCAACCGAAUACGUCGACGUCGCCAUCCCGACGAACAACAAGGGCCGUCACGCUAUCGGUCUGAUUUGGUGGAUGCUGGCCCGUGAGGUCCUCCGUCUCCGUGGCACUCUUGCGUCGCGCGAGGCUGAGUGGGAUGUCAUGACCGAUCUGUACUUCUACCGCGACCCAGAGGCCGAGGAGAACAAGGACUCCGCCGGUCAGGACGAGGCCAAGGUUCCAGGUGCCGACGACGCUGGCGCUGCUGCUGUGGAGAGCGGCUUCACGAACGAGUGGGAGGUCAGCGGUGGUACGGUCGGUGCGUUUGCGGCUGCCAGCGGCACUGCUGGUGCACCGGCUGCGAGCUCGUGGGAUGCGGAGGGCGCUGACUGGGCUGCCUCUUCUGCGCCUGUCGAGACUGGCAACCAGGGCUGGAGCGCGGAGACUGGCGGCGAGACUCAGACUGGGGCUGGCAACACCAACUGGUAG